AUGAUGCAGGACGCCCAAGCAGAAUUACGUCGCCGCCGUGAACGUGCCCGAGCUGCCCAGCGCGCAUUCAGACAGAGACAGUCGGACGCCGUGCAGAACCUGAAGGCCGACCAUGAACGACUCAAAGCCCUGGUCGCCGACAUUGUGCAUGCCGCCCGGGCCGGCCUGGACUCGGAGCAUCCGGCCCAGGGCCAGGCCCAGGCCCAGUUGACCCUGGCCAUCGUCGAGGCUGGACGGGCGGUAGGGUUGGACACCGGCACCGGCACCGCCGUGCUCAGUACAGACACAGACACAGACACACACACGCCACAGCAGUCUUCGUCUUCCAGUAGGGAGAGGUUGACCACUUCGGAAGUCACUGCCAAUGCCAACGUCAAUGUCGCUGCUGCUGCCACCUUAGAUGGCACAAUAAAUUCUCGACAAACCCCCAUCUCCAUCUCCCUACCCCAGAGUGGAGGAGGAGGAGAGGCUCAGGUUGACACACCCACACCCACACCACUCUCCCACGGCAACGGCAAUGCGCGCUCUGGACGCCUGAGCCCACGACUGGACUACGGUCUCUGGCUCGACCCAGACCGCUUCCCCAAGAUCUUCGAGCCGCCGAUUGACAUUGCGCCCUACGUCGGGGCCGGAAGAUAUACCGUCGCCGGCCGCAUCGCCUGGGCCUGUCUCGACCUCGGCAAUGCGUGUUUGCAGGAGGUCAUGGCCAAGCAGGUCUCACCGCCACCGCCACCGCCAGACACCGCCAUAUCCAAGACCAGAGACAGAGACAUAAUCACGUCUAGAGACAAGGAUAUAAACACGUCCACGUCCACAGCCACAAACACAUACACGUCCAUCGGCAUCUCGCCCGAUACUAGUACAGGAUUCGAGGAUCAGGAUCACGACCAGGAUCACGACCAGGAUCACCGUGAUGACUACCCUUACCCUUACCCUGGCUUCAAUCUGUUGCCGGCCAACUCGACCGCGCGCCGCAUGUUCGACCUCGCCCUCCGUCACUCCAAGCCGCUGCACGAUAUCGCCUACAUGGCGGCCUUACUCGAGGCGCGCAUGGAGUUCCGCCAGUUGGGAUACAUGCGCGGAGACAACCCCGGGGCGGAUGCCGCGUUGUGGGAGCUGCGGGCCGCCUGCGUCUUGGACGAUUUGGCCCAGAGAGGGACGAGGAUGGACCAGUGGUGGUCGCCUCUGGACGUCGAGCGACAUGUCGCCGAGAAGAUGGGCGAGGCCGAGUUUGCCGCCUUUCAAGCUGCGCUGCGUGGGCGGCAGGAAACACAGACCAGGAUGCUGAUGCCGCUGGCACGCAGCCUGGCCCCGCGUGCCGUUUGCUUUGGCAAUGGGCCUCGCUGGAGGGCGGAUCAUGCGGCCAUGCUGGCGAGUGCUUGGGUCAGUUUGGUUUUGCAUCCAUCCUAG